UUGUUUUUUGUGGAUUGGCGAAAGAAAAAAAAUUUUCAUCUCAUUUCAUUUAUAAACGAGAAACGUUGUUUUCUUCUUAUAGGAAAAGUUAAAAGUUGUGUUAAUUAAUCUCUGUGGGAGAGCAUUUUUAAAUUGAAAUUUCUAUAAAAUGGGACGCAAGAAGAAGAAGGCCUCAAAACCCUGGUGCUGGUAUUGUAAUCGUGAAUUUGAUGACGAAAAAAUUUUGGUGCAGCAUCAAAAAGCAAAACAUUUUAAAUGUCACAUUUGCCACAAGAAAUUGUAUACUGGUCCAGGACUGUCUAUACAUUGCAUGCAGGUUCACAAGGAAACGGUUGACAAAGUGCCAAAUUCAUUGCCUAAUCGGUCUAAUAUCGAAAUAGAAAUAUUCGGCAUGGACGGCAUUCCUCCGGAAGAUAUACGAGAGCAUGAAAGACAAAAGAAUGGUGGUAAAUCUGAUUCGGAUGAUGAUGAGCCUGUGGCCAAGAAAAAAGUCGAUUAUCCUAUUGCUGCUGCCCCGCCUAUGAUGAUGCCGCCUAAUAUGAUGCCGCCACAUUUAAUGAAUCAGUACGCUCAAUAUGGCAUGAUGCCUCAUAUGACGGCAAUGCCUCCAUUUAUGGGUCCAGGCGGAAUACCAAUGAUGCCGCCGCACAUGAUGCCACCACGGCCGUUAUUCCCCGCCGCGGCAAUGGCAUCAACAUCAGCAGCAGCUCAUGCGGCAGCGAAUAUGGCUGCACAGCAGAAACCUACGUUCCCUGCGUACAGUAAUGCCACCAUUAGUGCACCGCCUACUACAAAUAAUCCAAAUGCUACGGCUGCACCUCCAACUACAACGGCCACAACAAACUCCACAGAGCAAGCAAAAGCACCUGUAGUCACAAACGCCACUGGCGUUACAUCGAAAAUUAUGCAUCCACCAGAAGACCUUAGUUUAGAAGAGUUAAAAGCACGCAAAAUACAAAGACUUAAGAAUUCGGCCCAUGUAUCCACAUCUCGGUCGUCCUCCACAUCUACCCCAAACACCUCAAUGGCUGGCGGAAGUAGUAGUAGUAGUGUGUAUUCUUCUGGCACGACAUCGCAACACACUACAACCACAUCGGCUACGACGAAUGCAUCCGUAUCAGCCGCCACAGCAGCGGCCAUAUCCAAGGCACAGGAAGCUGCUGUAAAAGCAGCACAAGCUGCUCAAGCCCAAGUGCAGGUUCAAGCAGCCCAACAAGCUCAGGUGCAGGCCCAAGCCCAGGUUCAAGCUCAACAAGCUGCUCAGGUUCAAGCCGCACAACAAGCUGCCGCCCAUCAAGCAGCUCAGGUUCAGGCCCAUGUUCAAGCUGCUCAGGCUGCCCAGGCGGCUCAGGUUGCACAUGUUCAAGCUGUAGCAGCUGCUCAGCACCAGCAAAAACAACUUGAAGAUCUCAAUCGUGCCGUUAUGAUUCAGCGAAUACAACAGGCUCAAGCUGCUGCGGCGGCGGCAGCAGCGUCAGUUGUUCGUCCCGGCGGUCCUCCCUCUACGGCAGUUGGCAUGUUGCCACUUCCGGGACAAAUGCAGUUGGUUCAACCUAUGCUAAGACAUCCUUCGAUGGCUAUUGCAGCUGGACAUCAUGCUGCUUUAAUAGGCGGCAAUUUAUUGCGUGGGCACAGUGGUAUACCAGGAAUGCCAACAGGACUAAUACAAGCUAUACCAGUACAAGGCAUGCCGGGAGCUGUACCGGGCAUGGGUGUUCCCGGAAUGGGUGUUAUGCUGCCCUCUGGAAAUCCAAUGCUACAAAUGUUGCCACGUUUCAGGUGAUCAGCUCCUACACAGGGUCAGCUCUGUAUAGGGCCGGUUGUUAAUGUGCCUAUGUCCAUCCUAUAUCCCGAGUAAAACAAUUGUUCCCACUGUGUGCUGACACAUUGGUAAAUUCCGACUGCACUUAACAAUGAACAGUAACAACACAUCAAGAACUCUUACAAAAAAUUAAAACACCAUCAGCACUGUCGCCAACAUUUAACAAAAGAAAAAGAAAAGCAUAAUAGCAGCAAUUAUGUUAAUUGUAUUUCAGAAUGAAAUAACAAAUGCCGCAUGAAUUGUCCUGGAGGGGACACAGAUACUCUUACAGCCAUGUAGAUUCCUAAUUCCUUACCCCUUAUGGCGUAAAGCCUUUAACAUGUACACAUACGUAUGUACGUAUGCAGGAGACACAAGCGACUAGAUAAGAAGCGAAAUCGUUGAAUGAACUACUUACCAAACACCGCAGUAACUCUGUGCGAUGUCCACGCAAUGUAACAACAAGCAAGUUAUUACAAACAAAAAUAUUAAGAAGUAAAAAAAAAAAC